UUAUAAAGAUAUUCAAAAACAGUCGUUAUCUGAAUGGUAGAAAUAUAUAUAAAUACGUGCUCAUACAUAUAUAUUAAUCAGCCACUCGACAUGUACAAAGUCAGCUGCAGACAUCGCACUUCCUCAGCCAGGACUCAGAACCGGUUUGUUCUUUAGUUGCUAGCGUCGCGCGCUGGGAGGCGGAGUUUUCCCACACUCCGCACGAGCCAGGGUUAUGUGAAGAAAGCGGUGGCACGUGCAGUUUUACCAGCAUACUUCUGCUCAGAUUACCCCCCUGAUUGAUUUGCAGGUCAGAGCCAUUAUGUUACGCCUACACGAAAUGCCAAUCAACGAGCUGGUAGCAACUAUUGUCCAAUCAACGAGCUGAUUGCAACUAUUGUCCUAUUACACAUACUUUUAGAAACCGCUGGAAUUUUUAAUCUAUAAUUGAGAUGGUUUACACACCAAAUAAAUAUGAAAUUAAAAAAAAGUCUACCAUGCAUAAAAUUUUAUUUAUUUAGGAUCUUGGCAUGAAUUGAUAAAUAAAUUUACAUACGCUAUUAAUUAUUUUAGGGUUUGAAGUAAUUUUACGUAGUGAAUUGCGUCCUUAAACUCGUUUAUUAAGGAAAUAAUACAGCAUUAUUUCCACUGAUCAAAAAUACAUGUAAAAUACAACGUUCGUGUAAACUGUAGAACCGCACAAAGAAAAACAUUCUAAAGGAAACGAAACGUUUAAAUACUAAAGAAAGAAAAAAACCACAAUGCUAUUCGUAGAAUCGUGCAAAUAAGAUGCAAUCCCACAACCCGCGCCUCGAAGCACGCGAGGCCCGUGUUAACCAACGCGAGGUACUUACACAAUCUGGGCAGCGGGCGCCGCGCCUGUGACUAUCAGUUAGUGUGGGAACGAACUCGCUUCGCGGUUCUCACACGAUCGGCCUGCAUGCAUGGUUGACCUCGGAUAAAUAACAACUCACGUCACGCGCGCACGUUCCCACACAUGCACUUGUUGAUUACUACCGAACGGGGAACAGAGUUUAGCUUCGAAAGUUGACCGAAAGGCUGGCAUUCCGUUACUCGUAGUCGUAGCGUUAAAGUUGUUGGUUGUUGACGUGAGUUUUAUGUUAUAAUUUCUCGAUCCAAUGUAUAGUUCCCUCUACCUGUUUUGUAGUUUACGAUAGUGUUACUCAAAUACAAGAUGCCUGCAGAGAAACCGCCUUCCAAGACUAGCGACUAUCGGCGGGCUACUAAACCAAUUAUGGAAAAAAGGAGAAGAGCACGAAUAAACCAAUGCCUGUCCGAGUUGAAAUCUCUGAUCUUAGACGCAUUGAACGAGGAUCUUCAUCUUAUAUCUAGUUACACCAAUGAAGUCAAAAAUCCUAGUAAAUCUGAAGUCAUGUCGCUUAUACAUUAUGAGUACUGUUACACCAAUGAAGUUAAAAAUCCUAGUAAAUCUAAAGUCAUGCCGCUUAUACAUUAUGAAUACUGUUACACCAAUGAAGUUAAAAAUCCUAGUAAAUCUGAAGUCAUGCCGCUUAUACAUUAUGAGUACUGUUACACCAAUGAAGUUAAAAAUCCUAGUAAAUCUAAAGUCAUGCCGCUUAUACAUUAUGAAUACUGUUACACCAAUGAAGUUAAAAAUUCUAGUAAAUCUGAAGUCAUGCCGCUUAUACAUUAUGAGUACUGUUACACCAAUGAAGUUAAAAAUCCUAGUAAAUCUGAAGUCAUGCCGCUUAUACAUUAUGAAUACUGUUACACCAAUGAAGUUAAAAAUCCUAGUAAAUCUGAAGUCAUGCCGCUUAUACAUUAUGAGUACUGUUACACCAAUGAAGUUAAAAAUCCUAAAUGGGAUUUUCAAAACUUAAUCCCUCCCUUCUGUUUUUCUAUAGCUGCCAUCGCCACCGAUCCCACGGUACUCAACAAGUUCAAGGCGGGAUUCAACGAAUGUGCCUCGGAGGUUAGCCGAUAUGUCAGCAGGAUAGAUGGAAUAGACAACAACCUCAGCCAGCGUCUCUUAAACCAUUUGGGAAGCUGUGUGUCGAGUCUUCAGAAUACCACACCGUAUAAUAUGGCGAACACCACAGUUAUGCCUUCUGUGGCUUUCACAGGGAUAAACCAGUCUUUUCCAGAUAUCGUUAAUCAGUUACAACCUUUGGGUGUUCAGAUACCCACUGGAUUGUUCACGUCAUCAUCUACAAAUGGAGUGGCUCCUAGAACAUUGCAGACCGUCGCCAUGGGAAUAGACAUUAACAACAAUAACAAUGCUUCAAGAGCUCCUGGCCCAGUAUCCAAUAAUUCAACAACAUCAGCAAGUUUUGAAAAACUAUUAGGAGGUCUUCCUCUCAUUCCAAGCCGUCUUCCAAACGGAGAUAUUGCGUUUUUGUUACCAAGCAGGUGUUUAUCUUCCGUUCCAGGUCAACUUUUGAAUAGUCUUACCUUAGAAUCCAGAUCUUCAAAACCAUUGACUUUCUCGGUGAGCAGAUCCAGUACCCCUACUCCCUACUGCUCUCAUUCAUCUUGGGACCAUCCAAAAUCACCUGCAGGUCCAUCUUCCUGGGACCAUCCAACAUCACCUCCAGGUCCACGAAGAACUGCUAGCACCGGAAGCUCACUAAGCUGUGCCCUCAGCCCAUCUGUCAGCGAUUCAGGCUCAGAUGUCUUUAAUGAAUCUUUAAUAGUAUCACCAAGAAAAUUAUCGCCUUCCAUUAGCAGAAAUAUAAAGGAUCAUCUUUCACAGCAAGACCCAACAAGUUCUGCACACAAGACAGGUAUUGUUCAAAAUAUUCCCUCAACAGCGACUACAAGUUCUUCAAAUUCCUCAUUUGUAUCCACAGCAAAGAUAGGUGUCCAAUCAACUAUGGAACAUUCCGGUUCUUUAUCGAUGGAACACUCCUUUGGUCACAUUUCGACCAUUGCUUCUGCAGACAGUUUUUUGUCGAACCGUUCCUCGCAGACUGUAGCUAAAAGUUGGACUCUCGUUCCUGGACAUGAUGGAGUAUCCAGUAAACGCGAUCACGCGAACUUACAAAGUUCAUCAAGUGGUGCUAACGGCAAAAUAAAACAGGCGUCCACAAAUGUCACUCCUCAGUAUCCUAGCUCGAUCGAGCAAUCGAACGAAACAGUUUGGCGACCUUGGUGAUCAAGGGGACAGCUUUUGUCGAUUAAUUUUGAUCUCAUUUAAUCCUAAGGCAAAAAAUGGAUUAACAGUGUAUAGGAUUGUUUUACGAAAACUUCCCGAUUUGGUUUUCAAGAUUACUUUUUAAUAGUUUCUUUCACUUUAUUGAAUUGUAUAGAAGUUUAGAAACUAAUUUUUUUUUUUCAUUUAAGCGAUCAUAAAAUUUCUUUAACAAUGGGUUUGUUGUUACAAAGUUAUAAAUGCAAUAAGAAAACCACAACUUCAAAUAUGUUCUAUACUAGAUAAAAAAGAGGAUGUGACAAAAGUAAACCGCUUGGUUAAUAGGGCCUUUGUGUUUAUUGUUGACAAGAGAUGAAAAAUAAGAAAGUUGCGUUUAUAAACUGGUUAUAACAUGUGGAAGUCUUGAACAGUAUAAAUAUUUGUAAUAUGUUUGUACUCAACAAAUAUGCCUGCAUGUACUUAGACAAAUUAAACUAAACCUAUAAGAUACUUAAACUUAGAUUUUCAGUGGGGUAGGAAAUGUUUUAACAUUGGGAGAGGGGGCGGUGGGCUGCCACAAUUAUUUCCGUGCAGACUGAAGAACAUCAUACACCUCUCCACAUUAUAGACAUAGUUUUUACAUAACUGUGGGGACACCACGAAAUUAGUCUCUCUCACUCCCUCUGAACCAAACAUGUUUUUGGGGGAGGGGGCAAAAUAUAUGUUGGCUUCCCCCAGAAAGUAUUAGUGGCCAGACCCUUUUGUUUCUGCUCUACUGGUGUUUGUUAAUCUAGAAGUGUAAAAAAUGCACGUAUACUUUAAAUGUCAGUUUUAUUAUCAUUACUUAAUUAACUGUGUAGGACUGGACGCGGCCUAAUGUUAGCGUGGCGUUGUUGCAAAAUCGUGCUACGCACCCAGAAGCUAUGUAUGAGUUAUAAGAGUGACUGCCAAAUCUCUAUCUCUUAUUUGAUUCAAAUAGCCCAGAAGUUUGCAGCCAGUGCUGUUAACUAGCUGCCUUCCCUCUAGUUUAUCGGUUCUAUAUUAGGGACAACUACCCUCUGUGCAUUUUGACACGAAUAUCCAAAACAAGACAAUAAUUGAGUAGACGUUUCGCCUUUUAUUCAGAACUUGUAACAAAGAAUGUGUGUAAGAAGUUACACGAGUUUAUUUAUGAAGUGGUUUGUUUCACAGUACAUAAUAAAUUAUCAAUAAUGUUUUUGAAAAUUUAAAGACUUAAAACGUCAAACCCCAUAUAAACAAGGUGGAAAAUGUAUUUUAUUGUGCAAGAUGCAAACUAAUAAUUUGUAUUUUUUGUUGUUUUUUUAUCCUAUUGACAACAUUUUAUAUGGCCUUACGCUUAUUUACCACGACGUGCUAAAAAGGUUUAAUGUUUCCUGUGAUAAUGUGUCACGAACAGUGUGAAGCAGAAUCUCAUGUAAAUAAAUUAUAUAUAUAUUUUCAUAAUGCAA